AUGAUUAACAAAGCAGACUCAGGCUGCAACAAUUUUGUUAUAACUUCAAUAAUUCCAAUUCAACACUAUCAAAUCCUAACUUCAUUACAAUCACAAUCCUUUGAUGGACACUUGAGCUUAAAAAAUAAUGAAGAUGCUGCUAAGGACUUUGGUAACAUACAUCAUUUUCCUCCUCUAGCACUGUUGCAUCCAAAAAUUAUUUCGGAUAUUUCGCGUGCCAUAAAACAUGUUUUUGAAAAAGGGUCUGAUUCAGAGAUGAAGGUAGCGGCUAGAGGCCAUGGACAUCCCCUUCAAGAUCAGGCACAGGCAUAUCAAGGACUAGUCAUCAAAAUGGAGUCGCUAAAGGGUCCUGAAAUGAAAAUUCAGACAGGUGAAUUUCCUUAUGUAGAUGUCUCAGGUGGUGAGUUGUGGAUAAACAUUCUACAUGAGACUCUUCAAUAUGGAUUGGCGCCGAAAUCUUGGACAGAUUAUCUUCAUCUAACGGUUGGAGGCACUCUUUCGAAUGCUGGAAUAAGUGGACAGGCUUUUAAACAUGGACCUCAGAUCAAUAACAUCUUCCAGUUGGAAGUUGUGACAGGAAAAGGAGAAGUUGUUACCUGCUCAGAAAAUCAAAAUGCUAACCUUUUUCAUGGUGUUCUUGGAGGGCUCGGCCAAUUCGGCAUCAUCACCAGAGCUAGAAUUUCUCUAGAACCAGCACCAAAGAUGGUGAAAUGGAUUAGGGUGCUCUAUUCAGAUUUCUCUACAUUUACAAGAGAUCAAGAAUAUUUGAUAUCACUUAAGGACACAUUUGAUUAUGUUGAAGGAUUUGUAAUCAUAAAUAGAACUGAUAUCCUUAAUAGUUAA